GCGGUGGCGCCAACUAAACAAAACACCAGAGGGGGAAGGCGGGAAAGCAAGCAGCAAUUUCGCGCCAAGCGGCAACCCCCGGAAAGAUCUGUCAUUUUUUUUCUUUCCUAUUCCUUCUCGUUUGCGCUUGCUUGCAUUUGCAUCCGUCUCAGGGGAAGCACGAAGCAGAGGCGCGUCGCCGAGGAUCGGCGGAGAUGCAGAUCCGCGUGCGUUGCGGGUGCGGCGAUUCGUCGUGCCCGGAGUGGGCCGUCGUGGAGCUUCAGGGCGUGGUGCAGCCGCAGGCAUCCUUCUCCGGCGACAUCCGGGGGCUCCACAUCGGCCGCCUCUGCUCUGCCCCCUCCCCGUCCUCUUCCAAGGGAGGGUACACCUUCACGGUGGGGUACCAUGAACUCGCCGGGACGAAAGUGACCUUGAAGAAGCCCCUGCUGGUGCUCAGGAAGAAGAAGGUGACCGGUGGUGCUGCGGAUCAGGAGCCACCGACGGCGGCGGAGGAGGCGGAGCUGGAGGUGAUCGGCGUCAUCCGGCACAAGAUCCUCUUCAAGGACCGCCCCAAGGCCCUCAUCUCAAAGCCACCGACCAAGGAGAAGAAGGCCGUGCAGCCAGCAGCAAAUUGACGCCAUUCCUGGGGAACGGCCAGCAGCAACUUGGUCCAGUCAUGCCAGCGAUUUCGUGGACCUUGAGAAUCUGAAACUCCCUUGGUUUGGCUGUGUGCAUCCAAGGUUUUCUGAACAUGCCAUUGUUCUAGUCAUGAUUGGGCGAAAUUGGAUGUCGUGUUCUGUGGUUGGUUGAUGCACUGUAUGGUCUUUCCUCUGCAUUCAGUUUAAGGAUGUAACCUUGUACUGUUUCUGUGCUUUCUUGAUAGCUAGUGUCUGUGUCAGUGCUGUUUGGUUAGCUCAAAUGUAAUGUAAUCUGAUUACGGAAGGUAACGAAUCCUAUUACGCAUGUUUGAUUGCGGUGGUUUAUAAUCAA